GCGACGUCGUUUCCGCCCUGGGACUGUAAAUUCUGGCUCUUUUUACUCUGUUCUUUCCUGUCGUUGAGUUUCGCUGUUUCUCUGGGACCAUUCAUUCGCAGCUAUGGGUGUGCUUGGGUUCUAAGCGCAGUCAGAGCAACCCAAAAAUAUUGGUCUUUCGUCUUAUGGGUUGCUCUCUCUCUAUCAUGGAGCUCAUAACCCUAAUCAUCAGGGCCUUCAAGCUACUCUGUAUGCUCUUCCACCGGGGAUUAUCACACCCAGCCAAAACAUUCUACUGUUUUGUGGUUCUGUUAUGUUCCUUCUAUUGCUUUGCUGAUUAUGGACCAUACUGUGCGAAUUGGAUACAAAAUCAGCCAGAAUGUGAUGCUUGUGUGUCAUUUGGGGAAGGUUACAAGUUGGAUUUUUCAGAUAGCUUCGAUAGUGACACUAAUGUGGGCUAUGGGGUUCCAACUGCCCACAAUAGUAUUGAAAGCAUGUGCCGAAAUACUCAUACAUUCUGCUUUCCUUCGACAAUAUCUGGAUAUUCAGACCAACAGAGAAGUCUGAAAGAAGCUUCUUUAGAAGAUUCUAGUAGUAAGUACAAUGGUCCAUUUGGCGUAGAACUAACUCAAGAUAGCCACCAGGCAAGUAACAGAAGUUGGUCAUCUGACUAUGGUAUGUUUGAGCUACUUAACGGGGGAGUCGUUUCUUGCUCUUUGAACUCAAGAGAAGGAAUUAAUGAUGCUCCAUUAUUUGAAACUGAGGGUGGUCAUAAAGAUGAUCUUUCUUCCUGUGGAGGAGCUUUAUUUUGGCAGAAGGCAAUACCUUCCUCGCCAAAGAACUCCAAGAUGGUUGAAUCCAGUUUCUUCUCACCCAAUGUAAGAAUUGGCCCUACUGUGCUGGACUGGGGACAAAAGUACAUGUAUUCUGCUUCAGUGGCUUUCAUAACUGUGGAAAAUACAUGCACUGACAGUGUAUUACACCUUUAUGAGCCCUUCAGUACUGACACACAGUUUUAUCCUUGUAACUUCAGUGAAAUUUCACUAGUUCCGGGUGAAUCAGUUGUUAUUUCUUUUGUUUUCUUCCCUAGAUGCCUGGGCCUGUCUUCAGCUCACUUGAUUUUGCAAACAAGUUAUGGCGGAUUCUUUGUGGAGGCUAAAGGGUAUGCGACUGAAUCUCCCUAUGGUAUUCAGCCCCUGCUAGGUCUGGAAAUUUCCCCCGGUGGAAUGUUGAGCAAGAAUUUUUCGUUGUUCAACUCCUUUGAUGAAACCAUAUAUGUUGAUGAAAUAACUGCUUGGAUUUCAGUUUCAUUGGGGCAUAAUUCUGUUGAAACCGAAGCAAUUUGUAGUAUAAAUAAUAUUCAUGCUUUUGAUAACCUACUCUUCCCGAUUAUUAAGGAUCGAUUGGUUGUGAAGAGUGGCCAAAUUGAUUCACCUGUCGUAGCAAUUAGGCCCCAUCGAAACUGGGAGGUUAGUCCACAUAGCUCUGAAACUCUCCUAGAGAUAGAUAUUUCUGUGGGAACGGAGGGAAAAGUAUUUGGUGCAUUUUGCCUGCAUUUACUCAGAUCUUCACAAGAACAGUCUGAUACUAUCAUGGUUCCUAUUGAGGCUGCAGUAGUUAGCAAUUCUGCCCGUGACACUGUUGGUAUACAUAUUUCAGCAAGUCUCGAGGCUCUAACUCCAUGUGAUGGUGGUGAAACUGUUAUCAUUAUCUCCAUAAGAAAUGAUGCCCCUUAUCUUUCAAGCUUUGUUAAAAUUGUAGAAGUUGCUGACUCUCAGAUUUUUCACAUCAAAUAUGUGGAAGGCUUGCUACUUUUCCCCAGCACAGUUACACAAGUUGCAAUUAUUUAUUGUAGUCAGCUGCGCACCAAAUUACUUGACUUGUCACCUGGAGAGUCUAACUUGCGAGAUAACUGCAAGCUUCUCAUUCUUACAAAUGACUCAACUAGUACCCAAAUUGAAAUUCAGUGUGAGAACAUACUACAUAUAUGUUUUGGUGAUCGCUGGCUUUCAUCUAUUGGAUUAGAGCAUGAGACUAAGUACAUCGAAUUGGGAGAUCUAGGGGCAGGUUAUGUGGCCAGAAGCAUGGAAGUGCCACCACAUGUUAAGGAUAUAGGGACAGCAGAUGUUGAUGAAUUAGUUCUUGGAAACUGGAUGUCUCAAGGGAAAACAAGUGGCAUGUCUGUGCUUGAAAACCUUGAUGUGUUAUUCCCAGUGAUUCAAGUUGGAAGUUUUGUCCCCCAGUGGAUCACUGUAAAAAACCCUAGUGAGCAUCCAGUUGUAAUGCAGCUUAUCUUGAAUGCUGGAGAAAUAAUUGAUGAAUGCAGGGGUCCAGAUGGAUUAGUAAGCCCAUCUUCGUCUGGUAAUUUGGUUUUAGAUGAGUCCACAACUCCAACAAAGUAUGGAUUCUCAGUACCUGAGGCUGCAGUAACAAAGGCUUUUGUACACCCUUAUGGUCGUGUAUCUUUAGGGCCAAUAAUUUUUUACCCAUCAGAUAGAUGUGGGUGGAGUGGUUCAGCAUUGAUAAGGAACAACCUUUCAGGCGUUGAGUGGUUAUCUCUAAGGGGAUUUGGAGGGUCAGUUUCCCUAGUCAUGCUUGAGAAGUCUGAGCCUGUUCAGAGUUUAAAUUUUGAUAUUGAAAUGGCCGGGCACCUCAAUCUUUCUCUUCCAUAUGCCUUACUUCACGUUAAAGAGAUGGCUUCAGCCUGUUCACAUUCAUUAGUGAAAGAGCUCUAUGCCAAGAACACAGGAGACUUACCAUUGGAGGUGUUAGGUAUCAGAGUUUCUGGGAGGGAAUGUGGAUUGGAUGGUUUUAUGGUUCAUUCUUGUAGAGGUUUUGUUUUGGAACCUGGGGAGUCAACGGAGCUUCUGAUAUCUUACCAAAGUGAUUUUUCUGCAGCCAUGGUGCAUCGUGAUCUUGAACUUGCCUUGGCUACUGGUAUUUUUCUGUUACCCAUGAAGGCAAGUUUCCCUCAUGAUAUGCUGAGUAACUGCAAGAAAUCCAUGUUUUGGGUGCGAGUGAAAAAACUCUUUCUGGGAUUCUUUCUCCUUACAUCCUUACUUUAUGUGGUAUUCUGCAUCAUAUUUCCUCAAACCACUGCACAUGGCUCCUUGGACUUCAUGUGUAAGGGUGAUGACAAUAACAAUAUCCCCACCACUGUGAAAAAUGCUGGUAAAACCCUUCUGCAUCAUAAUCAGAGAAAGAGUAGGUUAUCGAUGUGUGAUAAGAUGAAUAAUCUGUUAUGCUCAGUUGGAAAAGACUCAAACUCACUUGGAAUGUCUCAAUAUCAGACGCAAACUCUGAAAAACGGUAAACAGACCAGUCAAUUGUUGGAUGCUCCAAAUGAAAGAAAAUUGCCAUCUACCAUAACUCAGAGCUCUGACACAGCGGAAGCAUUGCAACCCGGGAAUAAUCUCAUGGUCAAAACUGGAAAAGAAAAGGGAAGGAGGAGGAAGAGGAAGAGUCUUUCUGCAAAACUAGCAUCAUUAUCUGAAGUUUCAAGUAGUCACAGUGGGAAUUCUACACCCUCUUCUCCUCUAUCUCCAGUCAUAUCUGCAACAUCUAAAUGCAACUGGUCAUUGUCUCCUGAGGCGGAGCAGCCCGAGUCUCGUUGUUCGAUUACUCAAGAGGCUAACAAUCAUUCUGACAAUGAUCAAGCGCCUGUUUCUGCUAUUAAGGUUCCGGUGAAGUGCCAGGGAAACAUGUCUUCUCCUCAAGGGCUGCUGCAUUCAACUUCAAUAAUAGCUGCUAAUAAACCUGUUGAGAUUCCUUCUGCUACUUUUCCCCUGCCUGCUGAACCUUCGUCCUCCUUGGCAUCAACGUCAACUGUUCGUCCAUAUGCGCGAGCUCCGGGAUCCAAACCUGAGAACGAAAAAACUGUCCAGGCACAAGAGACAGGGCAUGCUGAUGAGUAUACAUAUGAUAUAUGGGGGGACCAUUUCUCUGGACUUCAUCUGUUGGGUCCUUCAUAUGUUACUCCCAUGAAGUCUAGUCCUGCGGAAAAUAAUUUCGACAGCUUUUUUGUCAAGGGUCCGCAAACCCUAAAGACCAUUUACCAAGAAGGCUAAAAAAAAAAGUUAUCUGAUCUCCUCCCUCUGCUUCUAACCUCUAUCUGCUUAGCCACACGCACAAACUAAAAGACUAGUCAAUAAGCUUAAUCUAGAAGUCAUACAUAUAUUUAGCAUGAAUUUCGGAACAAAAUUAGCUAGACACAAAUAACCUAAUUUUGCAAGUGAGAAAAAAAAGGGGGGGGUCCAAAACCUAUUAGGGGAAUUAACGUGGUUGAGUUAAUAUUAGACUUGAUGUUUCUGCCAACCCAUGCACAGUAGAUUUGGGCAGAAUAAGUGACAUUAAGCUGCUCAGAUAUUUUCCAAAGCCAAGAACAGCUGAGGGUUUCGUUAAUUGGAUUGAAUGAUAGGCAUUUGGAAACGGAA